GUACUACAUUUCCCAUAACUCCCUGUAGCAACACUACUUCGGCUAGCCUCAAACGUAGCGUCAAAUGUAGCCGUAAACUACCGCUUUUGGAGACUUUUUUAAGGUUUCUACGAUUUUUAGUCGCCUACGCUUUCAGACGUGUUAGUUUACUUUGAUAAUAAUGAGGCUAUAGAUACGGGUAUUGCUGUUUUAGCCUCAUUUACAGGCUAAGCUAAGUCAACAGUGUGUAGUUAGCCAGCACUUGUGUUUACAUUUUUUUUUUUUUUAACCAAGAUGUACACUUUACUGUCUGGAUUAUAUAAGUACAUGUUCCAAAAGGACGAAUACUGUAUUUUGAUUCUGGGUCUUGAUAACGCCGGGAAAACGACCUUUUUGGAACAGACCAAAACAAAGUUCAGUAAGAACUACAAGGGAAUGAGUUUGUCUAAGAUCACAACGACAGUGGGACUAAACAUUGGAACGAUCGAUGUGGGCAAAGCUCGUCUAAUGUUCUGGGAUCUGGGAGGUCAGGAGGAGCUUCAGUCUCUAUGGGACAAAUAUUAUGCUGAGUCCCACGGAGUCAUAUAUGUGAUAGAUUCAACUGAUGAAGAACGUCUCUCAGAAUCAAAGGAGGCUUUCGAGAAAAUGAUCAGCAGUGAAGCUUUAGAAGGCGUUCCUCUACUUGUGUUGGCCAACAAGCAGGAUGUGCCGAACUGUUUGUCGGUGCCGGACAUUAAAACAGCCUUCAGCGACUGCGCCCCAAAGAUCGGCAAGAGAGACUGUUUAGUCCAGCCUUGUACCGCCCUCACAGGAGACGGCGUCAACGAAGGCAUCGAGUGGAUGGUGAAGUGCGUCGUGAGGAACAUUCACCGGCCGCCCAGACAGAAGGACAUCACAUAAGAGGACGUCGUCCUGAUCUCUGUUCUGAUUUUGAACUGCGAGUUUCUUCUUUGAGGACAUUCCAUAUAAACCCUGGAGCUGAGAACCCCCCCUCCACCCCCCCCCACUCCCACACCUUCAUGUUUCCUGCAACCUUUUGAAUUGAGAAUGGUUUGCACUUCUGCAUUUAUGAUCUGGGUGCACACACAGAGUGACAGCAUUUUUUUUUUUACUACGGUCUAUCUCUGUGUGUGUUUACACUUGUUGAAAGUGUGUUGUGAUUUUUCUCUGCUUUAUGUGUGGAGCAGCGUCUCUGUGGAGCUCGGCUGCCAGUAUUGUGAGAGCACAGAAACAGUGACGACCCGCUGGUCACAUAAAAUAUAUAAAGCUUUAAAAUGACGGUCGUCUCUUUUCUCACGCUGUCGGAAUCAGGUGUUUAGCUCACAUUUGUAGAGAUGUCAUGACACAACCAGCUGUAACUACGGGAAGAUUAAUAAGCAGGGAUAUAAAUGUCUGUAUGAACUUAGAACUUGGACUUUAAUUAUCUAUCUAAUAAAAUAAAUGGUAAAGCAAAAUA